UACAAGAGGAAGUGAGGGAAGGAUUGACCAAGCAUUCCAGAAGCAAGAAGACAAAUACUCAGACAAUGAGGAACACUGUUUCUGCAUAAUGCAUUAGUGAAAAAUUUAGCAGGCGGCAGCAGCAGGUCCCUCUGCCCAGGGCAGCAGCCCCUCCACUCCAGGCCUCCUGGCCACUUGCCUGUGAGGGCCCAGCGGCCCCAUAGGAGGAGGGCUGGCAGUGACCUGGACCCACAGCAGCUCUGCAAGAGGCCGCCUCCUCGGUGGCACUAGCAAGGAUUGCACUUCUCUUUAAUUAGAAAAUAAAGAGAAAAAAAAGAUUACACAGAGCCACAGAAUUUUAUGGGUUGGAAAGGACAUCUACAGAAAUAAUCACGUUCAUCCCCACCCCCAUCCUAAAGGAGGUUCCCUACUGUAGGUUUCACAGGAAGAUGUCCAGGCCAGUUCUGAAUAUCUCCAGAGGAGACACCACAAGCCACAACCUCUCUGGGCAGCCCGUUCUAUUAUUCAGUCAUCCUCAAAGGAAAUAACUUUUUCCUCAUGCUCAGACAGAACUUCCCAUGUUCCAGUUUGUGCCCACUGUUGUACCCACUCAGUCUUUUUCUGUAUGGGUUGGAAGGGACCUCUACAGAGAUCAUGACUUUCAACCUCCCCCUCCUAAAGCAGGUUCCCUACCGUAGGUUUCACAGGAAGGUGUACAGGAGGGUUCUGAAAUCACCACAGAAGGAGACACAACAACCCCACAACUUCUUUGGGCAGCCCAUUCUAUUUUACUGUCGUCCUCACUGCAAAGUACUUUUUCCUCAUGUUCGGAUGGAGCGUCCCAGGUUUCCGUUCGUCCCCACUGCCCCUUGUUCUGUCGCUGAGAACUGUCAAAAAAAAGUCUGGCCACACCCCCUUGACUCUCUUCCAGUAGGCAUUUACAAGCAUUAAUAAGAUCCCCGCUCAGUCUUCUCUGUGCUGAAGAGUCCCAGGUCUCUCAUCUUUUCCCCGUAUGAGAGAUGCUCCAUGUGCAGACACAUGAAUGCAGCGCUGCUGGGGUGAGUGCUGUGGGGGCACAAGGACUGCGGUGACAUCACUGAGCAACAGGCUGUGAUGCCACCGAGCUUUGGGCACUGGCAGGGCCUGGCCCAGUCACUCUCGUGCCUGGACUCCUGCCGAGCGGGUGUGCGAGGCUUGGAGGUGCAAUGAGGAUUUGGCUUGAGUGUUGGGCUGUGCCCUGGGGACUGUGGGCAGCUGCUCUCAGUGCCCAUCUCUACAGCCAUCACCUGAAAUCCCCUGGCCUGCCUGGCUCAAGCAGUCAGGGCCCAACGCGGUGCAUGUGCAGCAGCACAGUGCACAACUUUCACCAGUGAGGCGCUGGUGAGGGAGAGCGACUCAUCUUCACUCCCCAUCAGGCCACAGUGUGAAGACCAUGGCAGCAGAGGAGGCGUGGACAUGUCCCAUCUGCCGUGACGUGCAAAAGGACAUUGCCUACGCAGUACCGUGCCGUCACGAAUUCUGCCUCGGCUGCAUCCUGCGGUGGGCCAAGCAGAAAGAGACCUGUCUGCUCUGCAGGAGAGACAUGGCUGUCAUUAAGGUUGCUGAGUGGGACGACAACAGCGACCUAGAUUUCAUCAUCCGUCCCCCAGCACCACCAGUACCUGCCUGCUUCCAGGCAGGCAUCACUCACAUUUACAACCCCCACAGCUACGCGCCGUCCCCUCCACCCUUUGUGCUGCUGCCAGAGGAGGAGGAGGCUGUGGAGGCAGAGCAGAGGCCUACAGUGGGCGGUCUCCUGCUGGAGGUCUGGGCAGCCCUGUUCAGGCAGCACCGGGAGAUCCUUGACCCCGUGCUGCCCUGGCUGCGCCAGGAGCUGCGAGACAUCUUUGGGACACAGUGGUGGGAGGCAAUGGCUGCCGAGAACCUCAUCCUGAACACCCUGUGUGACAUCGGGCUGGACAGCGAGGCCCUGAUCCAGCUGCUGCGGCCUGCCCUGGGGCACAGAGCGGAGACACUCAUCCAGAGACUUGUGGACACCAUCGUGAGCCGGUGGGGCGAGGAGGCCCAUGGGCAGCUGGGCCUCCAGGGCGUCCACGUGUCCGGAGGGCAGGAGGAGGGCCCUCCAGCCAGGGGGCAGGAGGACAGCUCUGUGGCUGUCCCUGGCUCCACAGCCUCCCCACAAGGGACCAUCACAACGCCAGGACCCAACAGCAGCAUGGGAAGUCCCAACAGGGAGGAGCAGCCCAGCACACCAGAGGCUGUCCUUCCUGGGGAUCCCAGUCACCCCCAUUCAAACCACAUCCUGAGGGAACACGAGGAGCCCCACGAGGAGACGGAGCAGGUGGCAGCAGCAGGUCCCUCUGCCCAGGGCAGCAGCCCCUCCGCUCCUGGCCACUCGCCUGUGAGGGCCCAGCGGCCUCAUAAGAGGAGGGCUGGCACUGACCUGGAUCCACAGCAGCCCUGCAAGAGGCCGCCCCCUCAGAACCACUAGCACUUCUCUUUAAUUAAAA